AGAUGCGGCAUUCCUCGGCUUCCGUCGCCUCGGAUUCCAAGCCCUGCGGCGCGUCGUUGCACCAAACAGGGAACGCGCUUCAUCCCGAUUCGUCCUAUCAAUCUCAUCCUUUACUCGUCCUCUCCCCAUUGGAUUGGAUUCAGACCGCUUUCGUUUCCUCUCUGCUUGAGUGUAGCUGAAGGACCAUGGCUGCUUUACAAUUGGCGACUGCCGAAGUUUGUGAUGCUAACCCUCACCUAAUCCUUAGUGGUGACCUUCGUGCACUUCAACCAAUCUUUCAGAUAUACGGGCGGCGACAGGUUUUCUCUGGUCCCAUUGUGACUCUCAAGGUUUUUGAGGACAAUGUCCUUGUGCGUGAGUUCCUGGAGGAGAAGGGUAACGGUAGAGUCUUGGUUGUCGAUGGAGGAGCAAGCAUGCGCUGCGCCAUACUGGGUGGUAAUCCUGUCCAACAAGCUCAGAACAACGGGUGGGCUGGCAUAAUUGUCAAUGGCUGCAUCAGGGAUGUCGACGAGAUCAAUGGUUGUGAUAUCGGUGUUCGAGCAUUGGCUCCCCACCCAAUGAAGGCUAACAAGAAGGGAAUAGGUGAGAAACACGUCGCGAUCAACCUUGCCGGAACAAGGAUAUUUGAUGGUGAGUGGCUUUAUGCAGAUACUGAUGGUAUUCUUGUUUCGAGGAUGGAGUUGACAGUUUGAAGUCGUACCACUGCACCGGUAUGUCUCUCCUACUGGUUGUUCUAAAUCUACUGCAUAUCUGAGCCUUCUUAUGGUGCAAUUAUGUGGAACUCCUUUUUCUGUGUUAAUCAUUGAGUUAUUGCACACAUCAGUAGUUAUUGCAACUAUUUUAAGAUCUCAUCUGAGAAGCACCGUAUGUUUCUGAUGUUUGUAGAAAUAAGAAAUAGGAAGAUUGUAGUUUCCUUGAGCAAUACUAAAAGAAGGGAAGUAGGGUUUUGUUUUA